GUAAAUGUAUAAUUUACCCAUAUUUUUAGGUACUACAACUUAUGCUUGUUUGGAGCAUGAAAAAAUUGCUCUCCUGCAACUCAAACCUUUCUUCAAUGGUUUCGAUUAUCUGAAUAACUGGGAUGAGGUGGAGAUCCCUAAUUGCUUUAAAUGGAAAGGGACACCACCACAGGGCGACUCAAAAGACUCGACAUUAGUUACACAAUGUAUGGUAACAAGGGGUGUAUCUGAAUGCCUCUAUGUUUCUUCCCUUUGUGGAAUUGAAGAGUCUUUAUUUAGGAAGUAAUGCCAUUGCUGGUUGCAUUCAAAAUGAAGGUCUUGCCCUUACUUUCAUCUUUUAUUAUUCCACUAUACACAGGUUUUCAUCAAAAACUAGCUGUUGUUUUUGCAAUUAGCCAUAAUUGUUACGUUUAUUCUAUUGAAGAAAAGCCACUAACUCCUUUUAUGUAUUUAAAAAAUAUUUUUGCAUGUUUUAAAAAACUCUCAACUGCAUUGAAUAAUUUGGAGAUUCUUGACUUAAGUUGGAACCAGUUGAAUGAUAGUAGCAUGCUAUCUUUGAAUGAAGCACAAUUGAGGCUACCAAAGUUGCAGAAACUUGAUUUGAGUUUUAAUCACUUUCGGGACAACACGUUUUCGUUCCUUGAGGGACUUUCAAACCUAGAAUCCUUGGCUAUGAUCGACAACAAUUUGCAAGGUUCGAUAGAUAUUAAAGGAUUGAGAAAUUUGACAAACUUGAAGUACUUGGAUUUACGUUGGAAUCAAAUAGAAAGCCUUCAAUCCUUCAAUGAUGCUGGUACAAAACUGAAGCAGUUUGCCCAUUUAGAAGAGCUUCGUUUAGAUGGAAAUCUCCUCAACAACAGUGCAUUUGCAUCCCUAAAAGUGUUUUCAAAUCUGAAGAAGUUGAGCAUGAGCGAAAAUCUGUUAAAAGGAUCAUUAGAUAUGAAAGAUGAAGCACAAUUGAGGCUACCAAAGUUGCAGAAACUUGAUUUGAGUUUUAAUCUCUUUCGGUACAACACGUUUUCGUUCCUUGAGGGGCUUUCAAACCUAGAAUCCUUGGCUAUGAACAACAACAAUUUGCAAGGUUCGAUAGAUAUUAAAGGAUUGAGUAAUUUGACAAACUUGAAGUUCUUGGAUUUAAGUUGGAAUCAAAUAGAAAGCCUUCAAUCCUUCAAUGAUGCUGGUACAAAACUGAAGCAGUUUGCCCAUUUAGAAGAGCUUCGUUUAGAUGAAAAUCUCUUCAACAACAGUGCAUUUGCAUCCCUAAAAGUGUUUUCAAAUCUGAGGUAUUUGAGCAUAAGCCACAAUCUGUUAAAAGGAUCAUUAGAUAUGAAAGAUGAAGCACAAUUGAGGCUACCAAAGUUGCAGAAACUUGAUUUGAGUUUUAAUCACUUUCGGGACAACACGUUUUCGUUCCUUGAGGGGCUUUCAAACCUAGAAUCCUUGGCUAUGAACAACAACAAUUUGCAAGGUUCGAUAGAUAUUAAAGGAUUGAGAAAUUUGACAAACUUGAAGUACUUGGAUUUACGUUGGAAUCAAAUAGAAAGCCUUCAAUCCUUCAAUGAUGCUGGUACAAAACUGAAGCAGUUUGCCCAUUUAGAAGAGCUUCGUUUAGAUGGAAAUCUCCUCAACAACAGUGCAUUUGCAUCCCUAAAAGUGUUUUCAAAUCUGAAGAAGUUGAGCAUGAGCGAAAAUCUGUUAAAAGGAUCAUUAGAUAUGAAAGAUGAAGCACAAUUGAGGCUACCAAAGUUGCAGAAACUUGAUUUGAGUUUUAAUCACUUUCGGGACAACACGUUUUCGUUCCUUGAGGGGCUUUCAAACCUAGAAUCCUUGGCUAUGAACAACAACAAUUUGCAAGGUUCGAUAGAUAUUAAAGGAUUGAGAAAUUUGACAAACUUGAAGUACUUGGAUUUACGUUGGAAUCAAAUAGAAAGCCUUCAAUCCUUCAAUGAUGCUGGUACAAAACUGAAGCAGUUUGCCCAUUUAGAAGAGCUUCGUUUAGAUGGAAAUCUCCUCAACAACAGUGCAUUUGCAUCCCUAAAAGUGUUUUCAAAUCUGAAGAAGUUGAGCAUGAGCGAAAAUCUGUUAAAAGGAUCAUUAGAUAUGAAAGAUUUGGAUAUAUUUACCAACUUAAGGGAACUAGAUAUGAGCCGUAAUCAAUUUAAAGACAUUGUGAUCCACAAAGAAAUUAAGGGAUUGAAAAAGUUAAAAGUUGUUUCUCUCGAUACGGCUUUCACCGAUGGAAGUAUUUCGCUGCUGAACUUGGUCGAGGCUUUUUCAACAGUUAAGACCUUGUCUCUAGUUGGCAAUCAUCUGAACAAGGCUAUGAGUACUCAAGGAUUAAAUCUGUCGACGAACGUGGAGGAAAUACUUCUCGAUGGGUCUACUCUCAACACUAAUAUUUUACAGAGCAUUGGAGUAAUCACUUCUCUUAAAACUCUGUCCUUAUAUGAUUGUGGACUUAUUGGUUCCUUACCUAACCAAGGAUGGUGUGAUCUAAAAAAGCUUGAAAUAUUGGAUGUGCGUCGGAAUACACUUGAAGGGAUGCUUCCUCGUUGUUUGAGUAACUUGACUUCUCUUCGUGAGUUAGAUUUGUCUAAGAAUCGACUCAAUGGAAAUCUAAUUCCUUUAACAAAUCUUACAUCACUUAGAUCCAUCCACCUUUCAAGAAAUCAUUUUCAAAUUCCAAUGUCAUUGGUUCCAUUUACAAAUUUACCAAACCUCAAGUUCCUCUACAUUGAUGAAAACAAUAUGGUAAUGGAACCUUCCUCCUAUACGCUCAUCCCAAAGUUCCAGCUAAGAGAGAUCAAUUUCUCAAACUGCAUAACAUCUCAAGAACUCAGUCUUGAACUUCCCACCUUCCUUCACUACCAAUAUGACUUGAGAUUUGUGGAUCUUUCUGGAAACAAUUUCAGUGGAACGUUUCCAGUUUGGUUGUUAGAAAACAAUACGAAGUUAGAGGAGUUCAUCUUGAAUGGUAAUUCUUUUAAAGGUCGUCUCAGAUUACCGUCAGUUCCUAAUUCUAAUUUAGCUUCAUUUGACAUAUCUGAUAACAAGUUACAAGGUCAGAUUUCAUCCAACAUAUGUUCAAUUUAUCCACAUUUGGAAUUCAUAUUCUUAUCUAAGAAUGCCUUUGAAGGUAACAUCCCUCCUUGUUUAAGUGGCAUGAAGGAUUUAUUUUUUUUAGAUCUGUCAGACAAUCAAUUGUCUGGAAGAGUACCGGAAGAGUUGAUCAUGAAAAGCUUGGACUGCUUGAGACUAUCAAAUAACAACCUCAGCGGAAAUGUAGUUCCUGCGAUUCUCAAAGCAAAUGGGUUGUUAAAUUUAUAUUUGGAUGGAAAUAAUUUUUCUGGAGAGAUGGUCAAUGUUGAUGUCUCUACUUUUCAGUUUCCAACUUCACUGGAGGAAAUUGAUCUCAGUAAUAACAAGUUGUAUGGAAAGCUCCCAAGAUGGAUGGGGAACAUGUCAGAUUUGCGGAGAUUGGCUUUGUCUAACAACAGUUUUGAGGGUUCAAUUCCAAUAGAGUUUUGCAGAUUGAAUUACUUGGAAUUUUUGGAUAUUUCUCAAAACAAUUUAUCUGGCUCUAUACCAUCCUGCGUCAAUCCUCCACACAUAGAGCAUGUCCACCUUCAUGGGAAUAGACUGAGCGGUACAUUGUCACUUGCUUUUUAUAAUAGCUCUUCACUUGUGACAUUAGAUCUUGGAGAAAACAAUUUAACCGGUAGGAUUCCGAAAUGGAUUGACACUCUUUCUUCUUUGAGUGUCCUUCUGUUAAGAGCUAAUCAUUUACAAGGUGAAAUUCCAGUUCAAUUAUGCAAUUUGAAUUCCUUGAGCAUUAUUGAUCUUUCUCAAAAUAUGUUUUCUGGCUCUAUACCUUCUUGUUUGGGAAAUUUAACUUUACAAACGCAUGAGAAUAAGAUCAUACAACAUGAGAAAGUGGAAAGAUUUUUAACAGAGGGUAAAACGAUAAUAAAUCAUUCCUUUGCCGACAGCUACAUUGAAGAACGGAUAGAUUUCAGAACAAAGAGUUGGUUCCACUCGUAUGGGGGUAACAUCCUUCAGUAUAUGACCGGAAUUGAUUUAUCAUGCAACAAGUUAACUGGUCAGAUCCCACGCGAAUUAGGAAACUUGAGUGAAAUCUAUUCUUUAAACUUGUCACACAACAACUUGGUCGGAGUUAUACCCUCGUCAUUUUCAAAACUUAAGCAGAUUGAGAGUUUGGACCUUUCCUACAACAAGUUGAGUGGUGAAAUCCCAAACCAGUUGGUAGAGUUGAAUACUCUGGAGGUUUUCAGCGUGGCAUACAACAACUUGUCAGGCAGUAUUCCAGAAUCGAAAGCUCAAUUUGGUACCUUUAUUGAAAACAGUUAUGAGGGGAACCCUUUUCUCUGUGGACCUUUACUGAAUAAAAGUUGCUCGAAAGCCGACGCACCAUCAACAGAGUCAACUCCGUCAGAUGAUGAUGAAGGAGAAGAUAAUUGGGUAGACAAGUAUGUUUUUUGUGUGAGCUUUGUGGUUUCCUAUGUAGUGAUGUUGUUGACAGUUUUUAUCGUGCUUUACAUAAAUCCACAUUGGCGAAGAACUUGGUUUUCUUUCGUUGGGAAGUGCGUCACUACCUGUCGCUAUUCAACCAUGGGAAAUUUCAUUGUGUAUCACAUCUCCAAAAUUUGUGCUUAGCUGCCAUGA